UCCAUGUUUCCACGAUGGCAAAGCAGAUGCUGAAAGUUCAGUCGCAUUUCUCCACGUUAUCGUUCUUCUUAUAUCAUUUUUAGUUGUUAUACCAGAGGACAAACAUGGGUAUUUUAGAGAAAAUCCAAGAGAUAGAGCGGGAAAUAUCCCGUACCCAGAAAAACAAAGCCACGGAGUACCAUCUGGGGUUACUGAAAGCAAAGUUGGCAAAGUAUAGACAACAACUCAUAGAACCCACGGGGAAGUCCGGAGCAAAGGGAGAGGGAUUUGAUGUUAUGAAAUCAGGAGAUGCAAGAGUUGCAUUGAUUGGAUUCCCCUCUGUAGGAAAGUCUACACUACUGAAUACACUGACAUCUACACACAGUGAAUCUGCUUCAUAUGAAUUUACAACACUUACAUGUAUACCAGGUGUUAUAGAGUACAAUGGUGCUAAUAUCCAGUUGCUUGAUUUACCUGGUAUCAUAGAAGGAGCUGCAGCAGGUAAGGGUCGAGGACGUCAAGUUAUCGCUGUUGCCAGAACAGCUGAUGUUGUUAUCAUGAUGUUGGAUGCUACAAAAAAAGAAAUUCAGAGAGAACUUCUGACAAAAGAGUUGGAAAGUGUUGGAAUCAGACUCAAUAAACGAAAACCAAAUAUCUAUUUCAAGCAAAAGAAAGGAGGGGGGAUAUCAUUCAACUCUACUUUACCACUGACAAAGUGUAAUGAAAAAAUGGUGCAGAUGAUUCUUCAUGAAUGGAAAAUAUUCAAUGCUGAAGUUUUGUUCCGAGAAGAUUGCACGUCUGAUGAAUUUGUGGAUGUCAUACUUGGUAGUAGAGUGUACCUAGAAUGUAUCUAUGUUUAUAACAAGAUUGAUCAGAUUUCUAUAGAAGAAGUUGAUAGAUUAGCUAGGAUGCCUGACACUGUUGUUGUGAGUUGCAAUGUGAAAUUGAACCUUGAUUACUUGCUGGAGAAAGUUUGGGAAUAUCUGGCCUUGGUACGAGUUUACACAAAGAAACGUGGAGGUAGGCCUGAUUUUGAAGGAGGACUGAUCUUGAGGCGAGGGUGUACUGUUGAACAUGUGUGCCAUACGAUACACAGGACGAUUGUAAACACAUUCAAGUAUGCCUUAGUUUGGGGAACAAGCGUCAAAUACAGUCCCCAGCGUGUUGGUUUAAACCACCUGAUGAACCACGAUGAUGUCAUUCAAAUUGUGAAAAAGUAGCAUUUGUCUUUGAUCCCAGAAUUUACCCAUUUUCUUUUGCUGAAUCCUGUCGCGGUGUUACUUGUCACGUCGGGAACACGGGGUGACAGGCUUCUAUAUAAAUAUCCAAUAGAACCAGACCAAAACCAUGGAAUUCUUGAGAAGGACUGUAUACUUGCCAACCUGUUAGCAGUGAAGUCUGAUUUAUGUAGUAAGAGGUUUAAUGUGAAGGUGGAUGACAUUCACUUCAUUGGCUACCCCAUGUUAUUUGACCCCUGUACAAGUCAGGCUACAAGCAAAUCAUCACAUCAGAUCAUUUCUUUCAGCAUUAUUUUAGCUCUCAAGACACACCUAAAUCUGUCUGUGAUAAAUUGCUACCAUGACUUGAUGAAGCAACUGACUGUAGCCGUACACUAUGAGGAGCGACGGCGACAUUAUCUCUCCCAGCAGGCAAAGAUUAUGUUGGGCGUCCAUGAUGAGGUCGCAGCCAUGCCUGAGGAAGAUUCUUCAGAGUCACCAUUUUCUGUAAUAUUGAAGAGGAGCCCGUUGGCUCAGGAUCUGAAAUCAAUGUUUGAAAGUCUAUGCGACACCGGUGUGGUCAAGUUACUGGUCAAUAACUUUAUACUUGUGAGCUUCUGUUUACCACACAAGAUACACAGACAGCCCUGGGCCUCCAGAAAUCUGUUUAUUGAGCCAGGGAAGAUUCAACAUUGCCUGGAGAUGUUGAGACCUUAUCAUGGAAUUCUGUUGUUGACUGACAAGCAGAGCCUGCAGGAGUUCCUUCCCUUAGAUGGAACUCAAUCCCUCAACAGACUGAUAACAGUCACAAACCCUCUAAAGAGUCUGCAGACCUUGGCCUUGGAGGCUGACCUCAAUCUGUCCCAGGUGUUCCAGAUGGUCACCCAUUUAGUGUACUGGGCCAAGGCAACAGUCAUAUUUCCUGUGUGUGGCACCAAUGUCUACGUUCUAUCUCCGACUGUUGUCUUAAAUUCAAGUUUAAAUGAAAAAUUUGCAGCAACAUUUCUAGACAAAUCACUCUCAGUUGAGUUGUCUAGAUUCUCUUAUCCUGUUCAGCUACGAGACACUAGAGAUAUAUUGGAUCAUCCAAAAAAUCAGGAGGAGAAAGUACAGAUAGUGCUGUGGCUUCUGCAACAUAGACUGAUCUUUCAGCAACAUACAUACACGUUCUUUGUGCCACGUAUAUCAAGAAGGAAGAAGACAUCAGAAGAUGUGAGCCGUAUCAUGCCUAUAUUACCAGAAGAGGAGAGUUUGGCCUUUGAAAAUCGCACUGAAAUGCAACAAGCUUCCAGUAUAUCAGAUGUGGCAUCAGUCAACAGUGAUGAAAGUGUGAGCUUAGGAUCAAACUCAAUCAACGCAAUGUUUUCUAAGUCGCCUUCCUCAGAGAUAGCCAGCGACAGUUCACAGGUUUCAGAGGACAUGAGGGCUGUUUAUAGAAACAGCCAAGAUGGACUGUCACAUUUAUCCAAAGAAGAGAAAGAGUGUGUUUUAAGUGUUUCUGCUGCCAAAAACCCAGAUGAUUUGAAACUAUUUUCAAGGUUGUGUUCAUACUUCAAUGGAAAGCACCAUUUAGAAGAGAUCAUGUACUAUGAAAAUCUUCAUCGAGCCCACUUAGUGACAUUACUAGACAAAUUUAGGGAUGUUCUCAUCAUGUGCCAAUACCAGGACCCAGCCACAGCUUUGGGGAUCAGAUGAUACCUGUCAAAUAUGAUAUUGUGCAUUAUUAAACCAUUCUCACUUC